CGCGACUCGCAACUCGGCUACAACUAGCGCAGCCAUCCGGCGUUCAUUCUCUUUGGAUUGUGCCCUCCGUUCGGUUAGGAAGCUCGCUGCCUUUGAUUGCGCUCUGCUGCGUGUGUGUGUGUUGCAAGACUAGAAAGAAUCCCCGCAGAAAAUGUCUGGAAAGAAGGCUGAUCCCUAUGGCUUCGCCAAGGAUUUCCUGGCUGGUGGAAUCUCCGCCGCCGUUUCCAAGACUGCCGUGGCCCCAAUUGAGCGCGUCAAGCUGCUGCUCCAGGUUCAGGCUGCCUCCAAGCAGAUCGCCGCCGACAAGCAGUACAAAGGUAUCGUCGAUUGCUUUGUUCGCAUCCCCAAGGAACAGGGCUUCGGAGCUUUCUGGAGAGGUAACCUUGCCAACGUGAUCCGGUACUUCCCAACCCAGGCGCUGAACUUCGCCUUCAAGGAUGUCUACAAACAGAUCUUCUUGGGUGGCGUCGACAAGAACACACAGUUCUGGCGCUACUUCAUGGGUAACUUGGGAUCCGGCGGUGCCGCUGGUGCCACCUCGCUGUGCUUCGUCUACCCACUCGACUUUGCCCGUACCCGUCUGGGAGCCGAUGUUGGCCGUGCCGGAGCCGAGCGCGAGUACAACGGUCUGAUCGACUGCCUGAAGAAGACCGUCAAGUCCGAUGGUCUGAUCGGUCUGUACCGUGGAUUCAACGUGUCGGUCCAGGGUAUCAUCAUCUAUCGUGCUGCCUACUUUGGUUGCUUCGAUACUGCCAAGGGAAUGCUGCCCGACCCGAAGAACACCUCGAUCUUCGUCUCGUGGGCCAUCGCUCAGGUUGUAACGACGGCCUCCGGCGUUAUCUCCUAUCCAUUCGAUACCGUCAGAAGACGUAUGAUGAUGCAGUCCGGCCGUGCCAAGUCGGAAAUCAUGUACAAGAACACCCUCGACUGCUGGGUCAAGAUCGGCAAGACGGAAGGUUCGUCGGCCUUCUUCAAGGGCGCCUUCUCCAACGUUCUGCGUGGUACUGGUGGCGCUCUUGUGCUCGUGUUCUACGAUGAAGUGAAGGCUCUGAUGGGUUAGAUUUAAGUUUAGCGAAAAAAAAAUUAAACUAAAAAAAGUUACAAAAACCAGCUAAAGUAAACUAAACCAAUUAAGGUGGAAAAUCAGCAGUAAAACCAGUGAUCUAUUUAUUUGACGCUAGAAAGAAAUUCACAAGCAAGCACAUCUUGCGCGUUAUUUGUGUAGAAAAAAUAGAACGAAGCGACGUAAAAACCACUCAAAACUGAAAUGAUGUUCUUACUACCAACCAGGACAAAAUUGUAAUCAAGCCAUACGAAAAUAAAAGUGUUCUCACAAAUCGAACGAAACAACAGACGAAAACCAUUCGUAUUUGAGUUGAAAAUAGGAAAGAGAUGUGCACAUUCCGUAAUAUUUCCAUCCGACUCGCAACCCGAAUGCUGCAAUGUUGUUGCACUCGAGAAAUCUCACCAAUUUGCCGUGCGAAGUCAUUUCAGAGACCGAUUACAAGACAGUAGCUGUGAAAUAAGAAAAAAAACGAGCAAACACUCUUUAAGAGUUCCCAAAGACCAGUAUAACAAUUUACAUGACAUGCGAUCAAGCAGGGCUUGACUUAACCGAACGGGCACGAUAAGGAAAA